CUUGUAUUAAAUGUGUAAAACUGUAAAGUAUAAAUCCGAAGACUUCCUUCGUAUCGUUGAUAUAAUAAGAAACAUUUACAAUGGAUCGGUCUUAUGAUAUUAGCUAUAGUAGCUAUGAAGAUAUAUCUACUAAUUCGACUAGAAAAGGUGAUAUUAGCAUCAGCGAGCAACUUGCCGGUUUCGAAAGGUUACGUGUGUCUGCUCUGACAAAAGCGGCUGAAAUGAGUCCUCUUAUAAAAGAAGUGACCAUAGGCCCAAGGAGUCCACAAAAAAAGGAUGUAAAAUUAGUUAAAGAACCAGAAAAAAAUCCAAAAGAAGAAAGUAACGGCGAAGACUUGAUAGAGGACAAAUUACGUCAAGACCUUCGAUACACACUCAUUAUGAAAAAAUAUGAAAACGAAUUGCGAGAAGCGUCUUUGGAAAACUUCAAUAUUUUGUAUGAAAAUAUGAAAACGAAACGAGCAGAAAUUAUGACAAAGUUGUAUGCACAACAACUUGAAGAUUAUAAAAGACAGGCAUUAGAGCGAAAAGCACGUAAAAUUGAAAUGCUCAAGAAGUUACAGGAUAAUGACAAUCAAAAUGUCUUAAAUAAAGCUCGUUUAGAUGAACAAAACAGUCAAAUUAUCAACACACAAACUAUUGAAAAUAUGAACAGAAUAAUUGAAGAACAAAACAAAGCCACUGCUAGAUCAGCUGCAUUAAGUGAAAACUUUACUAAAAUAUGUGAGUGCUACAAAGAAAUAUCAAACAUUUUGAACAUUGAACCUCAAGCUCAGAGCAUCUGUGAUAAGUACUCUACUGCAACAAAAACAGUAGUGGAUAAUAUUUAUAAUAUCAUACAAAUAUGUAAAACAAGUGGAGUAUCUGAUAAAGAUGUGAAACAAGCUGAGAUUCUAUACAUGAACAUAGAAAACAUAAAAGGCAAGAUCUUAGAAGAAAUUGAAAUAAGUAAACAACUCGAGGCCUUGAAGAAAGAAAAAGAAAAGGAAGAACUGUUAAGGAAAAAACAGCAAGAAGAAAGGGAACAAGAAAACCUUAAAGCAGCAGAAAUGGCAGCAGCAGCCGAAGCAGAAAGACUGAAAAGGGAACAACCUAAGAAGUCAAAACCGUUAUUUUAUUCUGCAAAAAAUUAUGAAUAUUAUGAAAAACUUAAAAAUGAACUGGAACAGUACGAAGCACAAUAUAAGGACUUACUACAGGAUAACAAUUACAAGAAGUUCAGGUUUGAUUGUCAAAAAGCAGUUAACACUCCAGUGAAUGCAUUAUCAUCAGUCAGUGCUGUGCACAUGAGGGACAAGUAUGACAAACUUUCAAAGUUACUGAAAGGAGAAAGAGUGCAAGUAUUGGACACUCACAUAACAGCAACACAGCAUCCUCAAGGAUUGUUCUAUUGCACAGCAUUGCUAGCAAAGAAAAUUGUGAGGCAAGGAGAUCUCCUGGUAUCCAGUAAUACAGAAGCUGCUUACCCAUUAGCUGCUGUUACUGUUGCUUUGUGGUCUCAAUUCCCACAAUUUGGUAGACUAGUUGAAGCAAACUUUCACAGAUAUUGCCCCUAUUUGGUACCUAUGUACUUGCCUCAGAAAGAGGGACAAACAGUCCAGGAGUUCUACUUAUCAAGAGGUUACACAUACACUGAUGGAGUAGUAGAAAAACAAGACAAGUUCCUCAAGAGAAUGUCCGGCAUAUUCAGGUUACGAUGUGCUAUAUGGAUUGCUUCAAUGCCCAAGUUCAUAAACAUUUCAAAUCCUAAUGGUCUUAGAUAUGGAUGGCAAUGGCUAGCAUCCUUUUUAAACUUAAAACCUGAACCAGAUAUUUCUGCAACAUUAGUGCAUGAUUUCUUUAUCAUCUGUGGUUCCAAAUGUGAUAAACAUUAUGGUAAACAAUACAGAAAAAUAUUGGAACUCACAAACAAUCAGUAUCUUAAGGUACUGGAAAAUAUUGAUGAAGGAGGACCCAAGACAAGGUUGGAGGUUUAUUUGCAAUCUGUUAUGCAAUCUAAUGUACCAGCACCCCCAGAAUCCACCAAAAUAAAUUGGUGAUAUUUAGUCAUAGAUUAUUAGAAUUUAAGUUAUGAAGUUUUGUAAUGAAUUAGUGCAACUUAACUCUGUAUUGAUUAUGAAAGUAUUUUAUGCAUAAAAUUAAAUAAAACUGAUUUUGCUAAUGAUUAUGUCUAAGUAAUUUAAAGUACAAAAAAAGGGAUUAUGUUUGGUUUCUAAUAAAUGAUUAUUGACUG